CUUUGGAAUAAGCACCAAAACUGUACGUUUCCAUUCUGCACCCAUGACUGGAUAACCAAAAAAAUUCAUCACGGCAGGAAUAACAGUAUUCUUCACGGUGGACCAAAUAAUGCUGAAAAAAAACCUGCCGACAUUCCAUCCGAUCCUGGGGCCUUCCAAGGCUGCAUUUGCCAUAGCGCUUGUCGCACUUCCUUCUCAGAAAAGGGUCGGAGCAGAUUGGCUUGUUGGACUGUAUCAAGUGUGGGAAGGCAGUAAAGAAAAUCUCCAAUAUUUGGGCAUUGUUGAAAGGCAUAAUUAGGUGGAUAGAGGUCUGGUAGGUAUAAAUCCAUUGAAAAUGUUGAGUAAGAUGUUGAUGGAUAACCGGUGGGCGAGCUUCCCAAAUUUUCGGCGAUGUUUGUAACUCAGUCACCCAGUUGCGCCCUUGACGAAGAGUUGCCCACUGAUGCAAGAAUAUUGUGUUUCGAUCCCCUAGGAAUAGCCAAUUAAUUAGGGGUUAAUUUCAUAAUAGUGGAAACUGACUUUUGGUCCCUAACAGUCUAUUAAUUACAUAAUAAAUCCCUAUUUUGUUGUAUAAUCAAAAUAGUUCCCGAAGAAAAUUUUUCCAAUGCCCCUGGCCCUCUUCCUUCUUCUUUCUUCUGUCUGUAAUUUUAUUUCACACAUGGCGUUAUGCCGCCGUUUUGCUAGAGUCUGUCGGUCCCUACAGGGCCACGCUCGCCACGCCGUUGCCGUCUCUUUCUCCGAUCAAACUCCGGCCGCAUCUAAAACCCCACCUUCCGUCCGAUAUUUACUCGCCGGCUAUUCAAAUUUCAAUUACGAAUACUGCAACAGCGGCAGCCAAUUUGACCGAAACCUCCAUUUCAGAACCCUUAAUUUAGCUCAAUCACUCCAUUAUUCAACUCUAGCGAAUUCAGGUUCCGGCCCGGGAAACGGAAACGAUGGAAAGAAGGAAGUCUCGUCGUCGGCAUCCUGGAUUGAUUUAUAUUUACCCAAGAAAGUGCAGCCGUACGCACGACUCGCCCGGCUGGAUAAACCAAUAGGGACUUGGUUGUUGGUUUGGCCUUGCGUGUGGUCUAUUACGAUGGCAGCAGCUCCGGGAACCCUUCCGGACGUGAAAACCAUGGCGCUUUUCGGUUCUGGUGCUUUGCUUUUACGUGGGGCAGGUUGUACUAUAAAUGAUCUUCUUGACAGGGAUAUUGAUACGAAGGUAGAGCGAACUAGGUUGAGGCCUGUGGCUAGUGGUGAUUUGACACCAUUUAAAGGGCUUUGUUUUCUUGGCUUGCAAUUGCUUCUGGGACUUGGGAUCCUAGUUCAACUGAACACGUUCAGCCAAAUUUUAGGAGCUUCAUCUUUAUUUUUGGUUUUCUCAUAUCCUUUAAUGAAGAGGCUGACAUUUUGGCCUCAAGCAUAUCUUGGUUUAACUUUUAACUGGGGAGCUUUGCUCGGUUGGGCUGCUAUCAAAGGAAGUCUUGAUCCUGCAGUUGUGGUUCCUCUUUAUUUGUCUGGUGUAUUUUGGACGCUUGUAUAUGACACUAUAUAUGCACAUCAGGAUAAAGAUGAUGACCUGAAAGUGGGCGUCAAAUCAACUGCUUUGAGAUUUGGAGAUUCAUCAAGAGAGUGGCUUUCUGGAUUUGGAUUGGCCUGCAUCAGUAGUCUUGCCCUCAGUGGGGUGAAUGCUGAACUGGGAGGGCCAUUUUAUGCAUCUUUGGUGGCUGCAUCUGGUCAAUUAGCUUGGCAAAUAUGGACUGUUGAUACAUCAUCUCGUGCUGAUUGCAAUAAGAAGUGGGUGUUCUUCUGAAUAUCUAAAAUUUCCUGGCAAAUUCAAUUCUCCGGAAUGUGUGCUAAUUAUGACUUGAUGUAGUUUUCAGGAUGGCAGCAUUGAUGUUACAUUUUAGUUCUAGUUUCAUAUGUUUGUCUUGUGUUUGCGCAUGUAAGGUACUCUCUUACUGAUUCUGUUCGUUGCAUGCUGCAUCUAGAUUCGUCUCCAAUAAAUGGUUUGGUGCUAUCAUCUUCAGCGGUAUCCUGUUUGGGCGACUUACCUCGUAGAGGUAUGUAGCAAGUAUGAUAUCUUUAUCCUCAUGAACAUGGGUCCUGGUUUGUCAUAUUCUUCUCUCUUGAUGACAACUAGAAUUACUUCAUUUAUUAUUGACAGGGAGCUUUUGGGACAUCAUUUUGCUUAAAGUGUCUAAGGAUUUAGUCGGGUAGAUUUCUACCAUGUUGAAGUAAAAACUGCUGAUCUGAGCUUCAGUAAGUUUGCGUGAACAAGGAUUGGAGGAAGGCUGGCAACGUAUGUAGGUGAAGCAGAAUUACAAGGUAUUGACAAUAUGAAGACUGUCAACUAAUACCCCAUGGUAACUUCACUGGAGAAGAUUUCAACAGCUUGAUACUUCAACAGAUACACCUGCAUCUUUUGACUUAUCUGCAAAGCAAUCGAAUGGCAACAAGGUAUCACUUUUGUUGGAAAAAUCUCAUUAAAGAUGUAGAAUGUUGUAUUUAUUUCUCAAGGCGGGGGAUAAAUGAUAGAUAUAUUGUGAAUCCUUAGGCGAAUUAAUCACAUUGCACACUCGCCCUUCACAUUUUUCUAAAAUUUGCUUGUAGAAGAAUUUGUACUUCUGUAGACAUCAAUGAGCCAAUGUGUUUUGACAGAAAAAUAUCAGAGUAUGAUUCAUAAAGCUGAUUCUACAUGAUAAGACACAUGUCAAUGUUGAUUAGAAAAUCAGGGAUGUAUGCUUAUUGUUCGAUAGAGAAUUAAUUAUUUUUGAAUAAGAGAAGAAUUUGUCUAACCUCUUUUGUAUGGGUGUAUUUGCUCCUUGUAUAAUUGUUGUAAAUUUAUAUAUAUAUGGGGAAAAUUUAGAGUCAUGGUGGCCAUUUUUAUGAAAUCGUUACCUUUGUUUUCAACCAAUCAAAGUUGAGGGUAUAAGAUGUAAUCAUGGGUGAAU